UUAAUUUGCAUAUCUUUUGGAAAGUAUAUAUGUAAACCCCAACAAAUCGAUAAUCAAACGCAUUCGAAUCAAGUUGAAGUUGUUGGAGGUCUUGGAGAGAACCAGAGAAGAUGGAUUUUGAAUUGAGAAGAGCGAGAGAGAAAUUAGAGAAAGAGCAAAAGGACAGGAAAGAGAAGGCUAAGUUAAGGUUGGAAAGAGAGAGAAAAGCCAAACAAGAAGCUCUUCGUCAGCGUGAGGCGAUCGAGGCUGCUCAACGAUCUCGUAGAAUCGAUGCCAUGGAAGCCCAACUUAAGGCAGACCAGCAGAUGGAAGAAAGUAUACUUGCUGGGAGAGGGAUUUCUUUUUAUCGUGCUCUAGAGGCUGCACCGUUUGAGGGUUCUGGAGAUAAGAUAAAACUUCCCCCUUCCUGUUUCACUGAAUUAUCCGAGCAAGGGGCAUUUGACAAGGGUCCUCUGCAUUUCCAGUUGUCAGUAGUUCGCCAAGAUGAAUCUUCUUCACAAGCAAAGCCUGCUGAAAGUCUAGGCCAUGGGUCAACCCAUGCUGGCGUCUUAGAGUUCACUGCAGAAGAAGGUUCUGUCGGGAUCCCUCCUCACAUUUGGAACAACUUAUACUCCAAACAAGAUCCCAAAACUCCUUUAGUUGAAGUACGAUACGUGUGGCUAGCAAAAGGAACAUAUGCAAAGCUUCAAUCAGAAGAACUCGGGUUCUCAGAUAUACCCAACCACAAAGCUGUCCUUGAAACAACCCUUCGCCAGCAUGCAACUCUUUCUCAAGAUGAUGUUUUGACGGUCAAACAUGGUGUAUUGACUUAUCAUCUGCGUGUUCUUGAGCUGAAACCGUCACCAAGUGUAUCUGUUCUUGAAACAGAUAUCGAAGUUGACAUUGUGGGUCCUGAUUCACUUCCCGAAAGAAGCAACCAGCAUGUGCUGAAACCACUGACCUUUGGGAAAUCUGAAUCUGGAGUUAUAAAUGAAAAAGAGUACAUUUAUUACAAAUUUUCAAUAGAUAAUGAUACAUGGGGAAGAAUUUCUUCUGGGGAUGCUGAAAUCGAAGUAAAACUAGAUUCUGAGGCAAAAGAUGGAGAUACCGAUCUAUAUCUUUCACAGCACCCACUCUUGUUUCCGAACACCCAUCAGCAUGGUUGGUCUUCUCAUGAUAUGGGUUCAAAAUCUUUGGUUCUUGGCUCCAAAGAUCACAACUUUGGUGCUGGUACUUACAGUGUUGGUGUAUAUGGGUUCAAAGGAACCACAAAGUAUCAUGUUUUAGUAACUUUGCAAGAUUCUUCCAACACAAAGGUGGGACAACAACCUGUGCCAUCUUCUUCACAGGGGUCAACAGCAGAUACUGUAGAGUGCAGCAAUUGCAAGCAUUAUAUACCCUUGAGAACCAUAGCACUUCAUGAGGCAUAUUGUAGAAGACAUAAUGUCAUCUGUCAGCAUGCUGGUUGUGGUGUUGUUCUCAGGAUCGAAGAGGCCAAGAACCAUGUGCACUGCGAGAAAUGUGGACUAGCUUUUCAUAGUGACGAGAUAGGGAAACAUAUGAAAGUGUUCCAUGAGCCGCUAUGCUGUCCGUGUGGUGCCAUUCUUGAGAAAACACAGAUGGUGCAACACCAGAACUCAGAUUGCCCGUUACGUCUUGUUACAUGUCGGUUUUGUGGGGACAUGGUUGAAGCUGGGUCGUUGGCUGUUGAUGCACGUGAUCGGUUAAGGGGACUCUCAGAGCAUGAGAGUCUUUGUGGGUCGAGAACUGCUCCUUGCGACUCUUGCGGUCGGGCAGUCAUGUUGAAAGAAAUGGAUAUUCAUCAAAUAGCUGUUCACCAGAAGAACUGAAACUGCAGUGAUAGUGAUUCAUUGCAACUCUAUGAAGGCAGUGUGCAUCAAUGGUGUAAAUGGAUGUUGUUGGUGGUGGUUUGGUCUUUAUACGUGAGCCAUUAAGUCAACUCGGUUUUCUUGAUUUUAGCCAACAGCAGAUUUGUAUGAAACAUGGUUUGGGGAAGGUAUUGUGUUUUAUUUUAUUUUUCAAUAUUAAUCAAAAAGUAUUUAUCCCACCCU